UCGCCCCCACCUCUUUUGAAAAAAAUGAAAUCCACCGCCAAUCCGAAAUUUUCCAUUUUGCUUGCAAUCAAACGUUGCGCAUAUUCCAAGCAAAAUCACCACCACUGAAAAAUCCCCGAUUGAAUCGAGUAGAAGAGGAAUCAAAUUCGAGGAAAACAAACACAAAUGGAGAAUCUGGGCGAUGAAUUUGUUCUUCCCAAACUCAAUGAAAUCCCAGAAAAAACAUUAGGGUUUAUCAAUAAUCAAGGGUUUAAGUUUAACCCUCUUGAAAACCCUUCAAAGUUUGAAGAUCUAGCAAUUGAACUCAAUACCAAUUGUGCCCAUCUUCAAACCCAUCUCCAAAAUCUCCAUAAAAGUCUUGGGAAAUUGUUAAUUUCAUGGGGUUCUCGCUCAAUUCGCGCCAAAUCUUCUCUUCAAGAUUUCACCAUUAAUUUGGAAAAUCUCAGCAUCAUUUCCUCCUACUGUGGGAAUAGGGAGCAAAGUAGGAGUUUUGAGCAGAUUGUAGGGAAUGAUUUGCCUCACAUUGCAAAGGAGUUGCGGCGAAUUGAAACUAUACGCGAGUAUGCAGGGGUUGCCCUAAAGUUGGAAACACUGGUUGGAGAUCUAGAGGAUGCUGUAUCUGCUGUGAAUCGACGCACUGGAUAUACGUUUUCAAAAUUUGAUCCAAGUCCAUCCCCAGGAAAUCUUCAUGCAAAGUUAGACAAUGUACAUAGGGCUGCAAAUGCCAUAAAAGAUAUCGAGAAGCUUCUAUUGGGUGUACUGAAAGAUCAUCCUCAAUGGUGCAACCUUUUGAAGGCUGUUGAUGCAAGAGUGGAUAAGACGUUGGGCGUGAUUAGGCCACAGGUAAUUGCCGAUCACCGAAGUCUUCUAGCUUAUCUAGGAUGGCCUCCCAAAUUUUUGGCGUCAAACACACAAUAUGGCGAGUCAACAGGCAUCCCAAAUCCCUUAGUUCUCAUGCAAGGAGAAAAGAAGCAAAGCUAUUCACAAAGUUUUCUAGCACUUUGUGCAUUGCAGCAUGUGCAGAUUUUGAGGGAAGAACGGCACCUUAUUUUGUUGGGAAAAAAGAAAGAAGAAACUUUGAGGCUUUGGGCCAUUGAUGAACUGGUAUCUUCAAUCGCAUCAAGGAUUGAACAUCAUUUCCUCAAAUGGAUUGAUCAACCUGAACUUAUGUUUGCUCUUGUUUAUAAAAUUACUCGGGAUUUUAUCGAAGGAGUGGAUGAUGUUUUGCAGCCUUUAAUCGACGAGGCGAGGCUAGUCAGCUGUAGUGCUAAGGAAGCUUGGGUGUCGGCAAUGGUGCAAGUUCUUUCUGGAUUCUUGGGUAAAAAAGUUUUCCCAGUUCUUGUUGGAAGAUACAAGGAGAAAAGCACUAAAACCGAUGCUAUUUCUUCAUGGCUUCAUCUGAUUGAUGAAAUUGUGAGAUUUGAUAAACGUAUGCAAUCGUUUAUCAGUUCAGAAACAUAUCUUUUCCCGGGUUCAUCAGCAAGUAUGUCAGCAUUGUCUUCAUUUUGUGAUAGACCCGACUGGGUUAAUAUCUGGGCUAAGAUAGAACUAAAGGAUGCAUGGAAUAAACUAAAACCAGAACUCAAAGAUGAACGAGCUUGGUCUACUGAUCAUAAGUUAAAGACAGAAAAUGAAAAUGAUCAGUACUUUUUAUCUACUAGAGAAGAUCAUAAAGCUCCUUUAGCUGCAGAAUAUGCUCUUAAAACAGCUUGGGAACUGAUGCAACGGUGCAAGACUUUACCAGGAACUGCACGUCGAAUACAGUUCAUCCGAUCAGCACCCGGAAAAUUCCUAUGGCGUUUCUUUAAACUUUUGAUUUCGAGGCAUAAAAGUGCUAACUUUCCUGCUUAUGAUGCUGAGGAAAACCUAGUGAAAGUCUGUCAAUUGAUCAAUGCAGCUAGGUAUUCCGAAUUCAAGUUGCAAGAAUGGAGUGAUGAUGUUGAUCUUUUGGAGCUGAGAAUUGUUGAAAAGGGACUAACUCUUGAUCCUAAGCUCGACGCAACGCAUGUUAGUUGCUUCUUUGAAGAACAGAUUGGGAGCUUAGUUGAGAUGCAGACAACUUGGCUCAUGGAGUUCAUCACUCACGUUCUCCAUCAAUUUGAAAACCACUCGUACUACUACUUCCAUAACGUGGAACAAUUUGAGCAAGUUAGAACAACUCCAAUGAUCCCUUUUUUAACCAGCGGAGUUGCUCUUACUGAAGGAGAUACAACUCUAUCUGAUGAUCUUGUUGAAGCACUUGAUUAUUUGAGAAGCCAACUUCUUCUAAUCAAAGAAUAUCUUAACCCUAACGACUUCUUGGAUACGUGGAGAAGUAUAGCUGACGGACUCGACCAUUUCACAUUCCGCAGUCUUCUCUCUGUUAAUGCUCGAUUCUCUGACAAUGGAGCUAAACAGUUCAGAAUUGAUAUGGAAGGUUUGUUCUUUGCUUUCAAGGGUUUAUGUGCUCGUCCUGAAGCCUUUUUCCCGCGUAUUAGGGAUUUGCUCAAGCUGUUGAAACUGAGUAAAAAGGAAGUACAGGAUCUGAAGUCCGAACUUUUAGACCAUGCGAAAUGUUCUGAUUGUUUGUUAACUUACAGUAUUUCCAGUUUAUCUGUUGAUCAGACAUUAGAGAUAUUGAAUAACAGGACAUUUUCCGUCUGAAUCAGAAAUUCGAACAACUCUGUUUACCUGAGUAAGGGUCGUUUUAGAUUCAGAAACAAGCAAAUUCAUGGCUUGAAAUGCUGGAGUAUUUUCAUGUGG